GCCUCUCUACAGAGAGACACCCGUUGUUCUCAGGUCUGCCCACCUGUUCUCAUCUGAAGCGUCUUCCACUGCAGCUCUCCACGGUUUCUCUUGUCCAACUAUGAGUCUGAGAAACAAGCGCAUCAGUUCCAGCAGCUCUGUGAGGAGCAGUGGGAAGAUGGGAGGCUACGGCUACAGCAGUUUAAGUGGGAUCUCCUUGGGAGCAUCUGCCCCGAGCUUUAGCACCAGCUCUGCCUAUCUGGGGCCACCCAUCGCUAGCGUCUCGGUCAACAAGAGCCUGCUUGCGCCUCUCAACUUGGAGAUCGACCCCAAUAUCCAAAUGGUGCGCACUAAGGAGAAGGAGCAGAUCAAGUCGCUGAACAACCGCUUUGCCACCUUCAUCGACAAGGUGCGCUUCUUGGAGCAGCAGAAUAAGAUGCUGGAGACCAAGUUUGAGCUGCUGCAGGGCCAGACCCCGGGCCGCUCCAACGUUGAGCCCAUGUUUGAUGCUUACAUGGCCAACUUGCGCAGACAGAUGGACGUGGUCAACAAUGACAGGACCAAACUGGACGGAGAGCUGAGGAACAUGCAGGGACUGGUGGAGGACUUCAAACACAAAUAUGAAGAUGAGAUCAACAAAAGGAACAACCUGGAGAACGACUUUGUGAUUCUGAAAAAGGAUGUAGACUCUGCAUAUCUGGUGAAAGCUGAUUUGGAGGACAAAGUUGGUGCCCUGACUGAUGAGAUCAACUUCCUGAGGACCAUCUACGAUGAGGAAUUGCGUGAGCUGCAGGCCAGCAUUAAAGACACAUCCGUCAUUGUGCAAAUGGACAACUCCCGAAACCUCAACAUGGAUCAUAUUGUGGCCGAAGUCAAGGCUCAAUAUGAGGAGAUCGCAGCUAAGAGCCGCGAAGAGGCUGAAUCCUGGUACAAGUCCAAGUUCGAUCAGAUGUCCUCUCAAGCCAUUCAGUACAACGACGAACUGCGAAACACUAAAGGAGAGAUUGCAGAGAUCAACCGCAUGAUCAGCCGUCUGCAGAGCGAGAUCGAGGCCAUUAAAUCACAGCGUGCUAACCUGGAGAACCAGAUAGCGGAGGCCGAGGAUCGUGGCGAGAUGACUGUGAAGGAAGCCAAAGGUCGUAUUAAGGACUUGGAGGAGGCGCUUCAGAGAGCUAAGCAGGACAUGGCUCGCCAGCUCCGCGAGUACCAGGAGCUCAUGAAUGUCAAGUUGGCUCUGGACAUAGAGAUCGCCACCUACAGGAAGCUGCUGGAAGGAGAGGAGGACAGGAUUGGACAGCAGCCAGUUGUGAACAUUCAGGCUGUUUCCAACUACAGUUCCAAAGGGAUGAACGGGUUUCAGCAGAACAGCUCUCCAUCGCCUAAAAUCCUGAUCAAGACUACUGAAACCAGAAACAACACCAGAUUCAGCACUCACUGAUGUGUUAACCAUUACCAGAAAUGCUAAACUAUACCUAUGACAGUUCACAUGAAAUAUAGAAGUAGUUUUCUUUUGACUUUUUAUGGAUCAAUGGGAAGAAUCUGAAAUUAAUUUUCCGAAAGAACAAGGACUUUUAUUGAAUUACUUUAUAUAUUCAAUAUAAAUAUUCACAAAUUAAAUGACUAUAUAAAAUGAAAAUAUAGAAUGAUUUAUUCUAAAAAAAUAUAUUUUUAAAAACGAUAAAGCCUGCACAUGAUUGCUAUACUAACUCUUUAAAAUGCAUUUCUUUUUUUUCUUCAGUCUGAAUUUGAUUAGAUUAUUUGAUUAUUGGAUUUGAUUAUUUACUUAUUAUUUAGGACACAAUGUGUAUGCAACAGCAGUAUAUCUUGUAAACCUGCAACCUGAUACACCAUUUCAACAAACAGAUCUGAUUCAAACAGUUGAAAAAAUGACCUGAA